CUCGAGUUGUUCGGUGUGACGUGACACCAACAUGGCGCUCACAGCGUGAGCCGUAAACACAGUCGACGAGUUGUAAAGGAUUUCCUGUCGAUCGCUCAACAGCGGUUCAACCUGUAACACUGACUCGACGCGGCAGGUUUAGAUGCGAAACCUUAACUCGCGGUGCUCUUUCAAGUCCUGACUUUUGACUAUGAGCGCCGCCAUGUUGGAGUGACGUCACGGAGCCGCGACUCGGAGUUUUCCGAGAGCCUUCUUUCCGAGUUGGACAGCGAUUCGAUCGGAUGCUCGCGGUUGCGAAGACGGAAACUCUUCGGUUCGGUUUCCAGCACAGGCUAUUGUUUGGCUGGAAGUUUGCGAAGGCGCGAGGCAGCGUGAUCACCACGUGGAGGCACGGAGUUGUACGUCACGGCCGUGGCUCCGCCCCUCACGUCCCUUCGCGCUGUGUGUAUGUAUGCGUGUGUGUGCGCGCGCGCGCUCGCGGCCUGACGGGAACCGAUUUCCUUUCUCUUGUCUGCCCUCGAAACUUUAAACUUUAAGCUACUCGACAGUCUUUUUGUCCAAGAUGGCCUCCGAGCAGGACUCCCCGAACCCCAGCGAGGAGCAGAGCGGCACGGCGAACCCCGAGGGCCUGCGCGCUCCGGAUCAGGAACCGGCUGAGAGCGAGUGUGUGAAGAUGGACGAGGAGGAGAAACCCGCGGCUUCCGAGGAGACCCCGUCCACCGACGAAGGGCUGAGCAGAGACGGUCCGGAGGAGAAGGAGAUGGACACGGAGGCGGCGUUGGUGCAGAAAGGCGGCGGCGGUGCGGAGAACUCGACGGACGUGACGGGGGAGCUGAGGCAAGAACAAAGGGAGGAGGAGGAGAGCGUGUCCUCGCCGCUCCACUGCGCCGUGAGGAAGGGAGAAGACAAAACGGGCACCGAGAUGAAGCGCAGGGCCAGUGUGGAGAUCUCCUCCUCGGACGGAGAACCGCUCAGCCGCAUCGACUCCGAGGACAGUAUCAGCAGCACCCUGAUGGACAUGGAGAGCACAGCAUCCAGCGGACGCUCCACGCCGGCCAUGAUGAACGGCCACGGAGGAGCAGCUCCAGCAUCUACCAAAGGUUCCUCUUAUCCCUGCUGUUGGGAUCAGUGCCCUCUGCUCUUCACCAGCAGCCCAGACCUGGCUGAGCACAUACGCUCCGUCCACGUCGAUGGUCAGCGUGGAGGGGUGUUUGUGUGUCUGUGGAAAGGCUGUAAGGUGUACAACACACCCUCCACUAGCCAGAGCUGGCUCCAGAGACACAUGCUUUCCCACAGUGGUGAUAAACCUUUCAAGUGUGUAGUGGGUGGUUGCAAUGCCACCUUUGCGUCUCAGGGAGGACUAGCGCGUCACGUACCCACCCACUUCAGCUCACAGAACUCAUCCAAGCUGUCCAGCCAGGCCAAGCUUAAGGAAGAGUCGCCUUCCAAAGCAGGGCUCAGCAAACGCAGGAAGCUGAAGAACAAAUGCAGGAGGUCAUUGCCUCGGCCACAUGACUUCUUUGAUGCACAAACGAUGGAUGCCAUCCGUCAUCGUGCCAUCUGUCUCAAUCUGGCAACCCACAUUGAGAGCCAGGGCAAGGGCCACAGUGUGGUGUUUCACAGCACGGUCAUUGCAAGACGGAAGGAGGAUUCAGGGAAGGUGAAGGUGCUGCUCCACUGGACUCCAGAGGACAUAUUGCCAGACUCGUGGGUGAGUGAGAGCGACCGUCCACAAAUGAAGACCAAAGUGGUGCAUCUCUCACAGCUGCCCCAGGAUACAGCCGUACUACUGGACCCAAACAUCUACAGGAUGUUUUUCUAGGAGAUGGGGAGCAUCAUCACCUGCUGAUGUUUCAAAACUCGAGUGGACUUGUGGAUCUGUUGAGGCAGGAGUUAAAAUUAUUACUGCUCUUUUUUUUUUUUUAACGCCCAGAAUUUUAAAUAUGUUUCAAUCUCUGAAGAGGAAGAAAUUGCACAAUAUUGGACUCUUGACUGGUGCUAGACUUUGAAAUGCUUCGUUUUUCUUAACACCACUAUAAAGUUAAAGUUGAAUUGCUCUCCCUUUGUCCACAGCUUUCCUCACUAGCUUUAUAGAAAUCCUAUAGAUGUAUUUGUUGAGAAAGUGCCCAUGUAAAUAUGCCUGGAGAUUUGUAAUAUAUUUUUGUACUGAAGAAUUUUACUGUACUGUAGAUACCUGUGAGAUUCCACAAACUUCAGGAAAUAUUACUGCACAGAGAGAUAGAAUGGGAUAGUUAUUUAGCUUGGAACGGUGUGAAUGUUCCAACACAUUUUUAGUCAAAGACUAGAUGUAGUGACCCCUUUUCUCACUGCGAUGUUUCUCGAGUACUGCUACCGUGUGCUUUACAGUAGAUCAGAAUGAUGUUAAUGUUAACGUGUGCGCUCUUUGAUAGUGACCUUACUCUACUUAUAUAUGAGCCAAGGACCCUAAAGACAUCUCAAAGAAAUGGUGCUACAGGAAACACUAGCAUUUUAGACUUGUAUAGAAAAGGUUUUUUUGUUUUGGGGUUUUUUUUGUUUGUUUUUUAAUCGAUAAUGGUUGUGCUCUGUAGUCUAUGGAGUGACUGAACCCAUGUACUGCUGGAUCUGAACUCUGUCUUUGUAGUAAAAACAGAAAAUGAUACCAAA